CCCUCGCUCGCUCCCUCCCCGCCGGCUCGGAGCGCAGCGAGCGCGGGGUCGGCGCCGGGGCCGGGGCCGGCGCGGCCCGGGGGGGGGGCGCGGGGGGGGGCGCGGGCCGGUGCUCGGCGCUGCAGCUGCGGGCGAUGAGAGGAGACGAGCCGGCCGGCGGCGAGGAAGAGGAGAUGCCGUCCUCCGGAGGCCCGGCGCACGGUAAGGGCCGAGGCCCCCCCGGCGGUGCCCCGCGGCCCCCCCGGCGCCUGCGGCACGCGCCCCAUCCUUCCCUCCGGCCCCCAGGCAGGAGCCGGGCCGGCUGCAGCCGCUGCCGCAGGAACCUCUCGCUCCGGACGGCCGUCAGGGUGCUGUACGCCUUCUGCGGCCUCCUCGUCGUCGCCGUGACCGUGCUGGCGUCCGUGGUGUUCAGGAAAGUCGACUCCGUCUCCAGCGACAUCAGCUCGGCCCAGAGUUUCUACGAGGAGAAGAUCUCGGCGCUCCAGGAGGACCUCCACGAGCUGGAUCAGAAGGCCUCGGGGAACUGCUCCCUCUGCCACGAGACGGGGCAGCUGGGGCAGGAGAUCGCCAAGCUGCAGGGCGAGCUGGAGGAGAUCCAGAAGAUGCUCCUGGUUCAGGAAAUCCUGCUCGACCGGACCUCCCAGAGCCACGACCUGCUCUCCUCCGUCAGCAAGAAGCUUACCAGCGAGGUGGACAACUGCUCCGUCUCCGUCCGGCUGGUCAACCAGAGCUUGGGGCAGCUCCUCGCCCAGGUCGGGGGCUGGCAAGCGGUCACCUCCGAGCUGGACGGCUCGCUCAAGGGGCUGGUGCGGGAGCGCUACGACGUCGGGGCAGCCAUGCAGCAGAUGAACUUCACCCUGGGGCAGACCUCCGACUGGAUCCGCGUCAUCCAGCGGAAGACGGACGAGGAGACGCUGACGCUGCAGAAGAUCGUGACCGAGUGGCAGAACUACACCCGCGUCUUCAGCGGGCUGCGGGCCACGUCCUCCAAGACCGGCGAGCUGGUCAAGAGCAUCCAAGGCAGCGUUGGCUCUGCGGCCCAGCAGGUCAGCCAGAACUCGGAGAGCAUGCACGACCUGGUGCUGCAGGUGAUGGGGCUCCAGCUGCAGCUGGACAACAUCUCCUCCUUCCUGGACGACCACGAGGAGAACGUGAACGACCUGCGCUACCACGCCAGGUACGCGCAGAACCGCACGGCCGAGCGCUUCGAGACCCUGGAAGGCCGCAUGGCCUCCCACGAGAUCGAGAUCGGCACCAUCUUCGCCAACAUCAACGCCACCGACAGCCACGUGCACAGCAUGCUGCGGUACCUGGACGACGUGCGGCUCUCCUGCACGCUGGGCUUCCACGCCCACGCCGAGGAGCUCCACUACCUGAACAGGUCCCUCGGCCUGGCCCAGGGCACCACGGACCUGCUGCGGGAGCGCUUCAGCCUGCUCAGCGCCCGCCUGGACUUCGACGUCCGCAACCUCUCCAUGGUCAUGGAGGAGAUGAAAGUGGUGGACGUGCGGCACGGGGAGAUGCUGAGAAACAUCACCGUCUUACGAGGUGUCCCGGGCCUCCCGGGCCCCCGUGGUCCCAAAGGCGACGCGGGCGUCCAGGGCCCCGGCGGCGGCGAGGGCGAGAAGGGCGACGCGGGCGACCCGGGCUCGCCGGGACCCCCGGGUGCCCCCGGCCCCCCCGGCGCCGACGGCCCCCCGGGCGAGCGGGGCCCCCCCGGCGCCACAGGCUUCCCCGGCCUCAAGGGCGCUAAGGGCAGCUUGGGGCAUCCCGGCUCCCGGGGGCCGGCGGGACCCGCCGGAGAUCCGGGUGCUCCGGGCCCGGCCGGUGCUCCGGGCCCGACGGGAGCCGCCGGCCCGCAGGGCAAACCGGGAAUCCCGGGCAAGCCCGGCGCUCCGGGCAGGAUGGGGCCGGCGGGGCCCAAGGGUGACCCCGGCAUCCCCGGCCCCCCCGGUCCCCCGGGCCCAGCGGGACAGUGAUGCCACCGGCGCGGGGGGGGGACGCAGGGGCUGGUCCCCCGCUGGCGGGGGGGGCUGCGGGCUCCGGCACCGGGUUGUUUUUCCCGGCCGAGGGCAGGGCGGAGGCGGCUGGCAGCCGGCCCGGCACCGCGCGCCAGCUCUGCCCCGGCGCUGCCCCCGGGGCCAAGAGCAACACGGCCCCGCCGGCAGCGCGGGGGGGGGCAACGGCCGCGCGCACACGUGUGUGCACACGGAGCUGCUCCGCUGUAGGGCGUGCGCACGCACACGUGUGUGCACACGCGUCCGUGCACAGAGCUGCUCGGCUGGGCACUGGCACCGGGACAUGCACGCGCACACGUGUGCGCACACGUGUGCACGCAGAGCUGCUUAGCUGUCGGACAUGCACACGGAUGCACACACGCAUGCACACGCAGAGCUGCUUAGCUGUGCACUGGCACCAGGGCAUGCACACGCACAUGCGUGUGCACGUGUGCACACACAAAACUGCUUAGCUGUAGGGCGUGCACACGCACACGGAUGCACACACGCAUGCACACGCAGAGCUGCUCAGCUGUGCACUGGCACCGGGGCAUGCACACGUGUGUGCACACAUGUGCACACGCAAAGCUGCAAGAUGUGCACACGCACACACGCAUGCACACACACAGCUGCUUAGCUGUAGGACACGCACACGCACACACACAGAGCUGCUUAGCUGUGCACUGGCACCAGGACAUGCAUACACACACGUGUGUGCGCACAUGUGCACACGCAAAGCUGCUUAACUGUAGAAUGAGCACACGCACACACGCAUGCACACACACAGCUGCUCAGCUGUGCACUAGCACCGGGGCAUGCACACACGUGUGCACACGCAGAGCUGCUCAGCUGUGCACUGGCACCGGGGCAUGCACACACGUAUGCACACGCAGAGCUGCUUAGCUGUAGGGCGUGCACACACACACGGAUGCACGCAUGUAUGCACACACGCAUGCACAUGCAGACCUGCUUAAUUGUGCACUGGCAGCAGGGCAGGCACAUGCACAUGUGUGUGCACACACGUGCACACACAGAGCUCAGCUGUGCACUGGCACUAGGGCAUGCACACACACGUGUGCACACACAUGCACACACAGAGCUGCUUAGCUGUAGGGCACGCACACGCACAUGUGUGCAAACGUGUGCACAUGCAGAGCUGCUUAGCUGUAGCACAUGCACAUGCGUGCAAACACGUGUGCACACACAGAGCUGCUUAGCUGUAGGGCAUGCACACGCGUGCACACACACGCACACACCAAGCUUAGCUGUGCACUGGCACUGGAGCAUGCACACACACACGGAUGCACACACGUGUGCACACCAAGCUUAGCCGUGCGCUGGCACCGGGGUGUGCACACACACACGGAUGCACACACGUGUGCGCACACCCAGCUUAGCCGUGCGCUGGCACGCGGAUGCACACUCCUCAUCCGCACAGCCGCUCCCCUCGACACGCGCAUCCGUGCGCGGUCAGCCCCGGCGCACACCCGCGCGUGGCCGUGCAUGCACACGCGUGCACACGCACGCGAGCACGCACACGCACGUGCCCCCAGUGCCGCCGGCGCGGGGCAGGACCCCGUCGCCCUCGCGCGCCCGGCCCCGCGGCUUGUUGCUGUUGGCAGAGCCGCUUCCUGUUUUCGGCUCGGCGGCCUCGUUGCUCAACGGCGGCCGUGGGGCGGCUUGCGAAAGCUCUGCCCCGCCGUCGCUCUGCGUCACGCAGGAUGGGGCCGGGGGGGGACGCGCGGCGCUGAGCAGAGGCCCGACAACUCGUUACACUGAUGGCGCCUGAGCGGGCGCCAAGCACAACACUUUGGGACGCGACGAGCGCUGAGGUCGGCGGCCUCGGCAGACGCCCUGCGCCCCGUGAAAGGGCCCAUUGACUGUGGCGAGGAGGAGGAGGAGGAGGAAGAGGCCCUUCAGCGCCGUCCCCGGGCUGCAUCCCCUCCCGCGGGCCGGGGGGACCAGGCCGUGCCUCAGUUUCCCCCCUGCCUGCAGCCAGGCCCUGGCGGGGGGCCCAGCGCCGGCCCCCUCCCGGCAGCCCUUGUCCUGUGCUUCCAUGUAGCAGCUGCGGGGCCGGAGCCGGGGAGCAGCCCCAGGGGCAGCAGCAGGACACCAAGCUCAUCCACCAUCAUCAUCCUCCUCGCAGCGAAGCACCGGGGCCCUGCGGGCAGGCCGGGCCCCCCGCAGCGGCCUCAUGGCGAUUCUCCAAUGAGGCUGUUAAAAUCUCAGUUACACCAAUAAUAAAUUUUUGGCUUUGCCUAUAA